AUGGCACCGAUCUCGUCGCGCCGCAGCGCCCUGGCGCCUCCGCGAUUCCUCCUGUUGGCCGCGACGGCCAACGCCCUGCUGGCGCCGGCGCGCGUCGCGACGGCGCCGCGGACGGCGCCCCUCUUCUCGACGAAGAGCCUCUACGACAAGACCGUGGAGCGCAAGGCCGGCCAGGAGAAGCUCAAGGUCGCGCCCGAGCUCGAGUCGCCGCCCGUGGACAGCACGCCGGAGGCGCCCAAGGUGAACGGCGGCAUCGUCAUCGGCACGCGCAAGCUCGUCGUCGUGACGGGCGCGUCGUCGGGCCUCGGGCUCUACGGCGCGCUGUCCCUCGCGAAGAAGGGCGGCUACUACGUGAUCCUCGCCUGCCGGAACACGGAGCGCGCGAACCGCAUCGCCAAGGAGGCGGG